AUGUCACGUAACAGUACAGCGAAGAACCGAAAGUUAAGCGGCUCCAGGCACGGUUCACUCGGUGGCUCCAGUGGAGAGCUCAGAGAUAAGAAGACCAAGCAGCUGAUAUUCCAUCAGUGUAAGGUUUGUGCGGUGGCCAAAGUGACACGAGAUUCUGCGGAUGCCCUAAACGAGGAAGCGGUCGGGAAACUGCUCUUCUUUCAUCUCCGCAAGCGACACUCUCAUGGCGCCCUACUCAGUGCUUUGGAGGACCGAUUGAAUUUCAAGAAGACAAAGGUGAUGUCAAAGUCACCGUUUCGAAACUGGGUGGUGUAUACUGACAUCGAACACUAUUUCAUCUUCCCACAACACCCAACCAUGUUUAUGCUCGCGAUAAAAUCUGACACUCCCGGCAAGUCACUGUUUGAAACUUACAAAUGUAAGACCAAGGAGGACACGACGAAGCUGUGUGAAAUGGUUUGCAAAGCAUGUCGUGAUCCAGCGAAACGUCUACGGGAUACCCCUGACGAACAGAGGCCAUUUUCUGCUCUAUCCGAAGUGUCUAUUCACUCAAAUGCCAUUUCCCAACCAAAUUUAGCCAUGAAUGGAGAAUCGGCUGAUCACGAAGAUCUCGCAACGCUUAGUGAAAACCACCUGUCUACUGAGUUGCGUGAUUCUUCGCCGGUUGACAUCCCGGAUGUCCAAAUAAACCAAUUGUCACCUGUACACCGAGGAGAAGAAGAGUACGUCAUAGAGACACAAUCACAACAGCCCAAUUAUUCGGCUGCCCCUGCUUUCAUCGCAUCAAGCCUCGACGACGAUAGUGAUCGUAUUACGUACUUUGAUUACGAUCCCAUUCGCGGUGCUAUACUCAACAACGAGGGACCAAUCUACAUGUACUUGAGGCGCUACGAAUCAAACGUCGGUUCACAAUUGCCCCUGAAUCAGGCAGUUUGA